GCCAUGGCCGGCGGGGCCAUGGCGGGCGCUGGGGAUUCGAUUCGCGCUUUGCUCCGCGCCGCCAACGCGCUGUUGCAGCAGCGCCGCUACCACGCCGCGCUCGCCGUCAUCAAGGGCUUCCGCAAUGGCGCCGUUUAUGGAGCCAAAAUCCGUGCCCCACACGCCCUGGUGAUGACUUUCCUGUUCAAGAGUGGAAGUUUAAGGGAGAAGCUGAAAUCCAUUGCCCAGGCCACGUACGCCCAUUCCCGGAACCUGGCCUAUUUUGUGUUCACCUACAAGGGGCUCCUGGCAGCACAGUCCCGGCUGCAGGGGAAAAAAAUCCCAUUUCAUACUUUCCUUGCAGCCUGCAUUGGGGGCUGGCUGGUGUUUGGUGACAACAAUCCCAUCAACAGCCAGAUCAUCAUGUACCUGCUGUCCCGGAUCCUGUUUGGUUUGUCCCGGCUGGCUGUGGAAAAGGGCUACAUCCCACAGCCCAAGCAGGAUCCCUUUCCUCUCGUGGCUGCCCUGGUGUGGGGGACAGUCCUGUGGCUCUUUGAAUACCACAGGGAGACUCUGCAGCCCUCCCUGCAGUCCUCCAUGACCUACCUGUACGAGGACAGCGAGGUGUGGCACGACCUGUCUGACUUCCUCAUUUACAACAAAAGGACAGAUAGCAAGUAGGUGCUUCACUGUAAAACACCUCAGAAUGGGAUGGGACUGCCCAGCAGCUGAGGGAAAAGGUUAUUCUGUUGCUCUUGACCUGUGAUUUUUUAAAA